AUGAGCUCCGACACGACGUCGUAUUGGUGCUACAGUUGCACGCGCUUCGUUCACAUCCAGGAGCACCACGACGUCCUUUGCCCGCGCUGCCACGGCGGUUUCGUCGAGAAGGUCCAGGCGGGAAACUCGGCCGCCGUCUCGCUGCUAGGCGAUGGCGCUUCGAGAAGGCAGGGGUUACGCCGGCGGCGCCGCAACGGCGGGAGUCACCCGCCUUUCAACCCGGUGAUCGUGCUCCGGGGACCGGGGGAGGAUGAGGAGAGCAGCUUUGAGUUAUACUACGACGGCGACGACGGCGCGGGUCUCCGGCCGCUGCCGUCGACGAUGUCGGAGUUUUUGCUCGGAUCGGGCUUCGAUCGGUUGCUGGAGCAGGUUUCGCAGAUCGAGAUCAACGGCUUCGGGAGGGCGGAGAAUCCGCCGGCGUCGAAGGCGGCGAUAGAGUCAAUGCCAACGGUGCAAAUCACCGAGUCUCAGGUCGCGACGGAGACGCACUGCGCAGUGUGCAAAGAGCCCUUCGAGCUCGGCGCGUUGGCGCGUGAGAUGCCGUGCAAGCACCUCUACCACUCCGAUUGCAUCCUCCCGUGGCUCUCGAUGCGAAACUCGUGCCCGGUGUGCCGUCAUGAAUUGCCGUCGGAGCAAGCGCCUUCGGAGAGCAGAGUCCCCGGCCAGAUCGAGGAGGAAGCGGUAGGUUUGACCAUAUGGAGGUUGCCCGGCGGCGGAUUCGCCGUCGGGAGGUUCGCCGGCGAGAGCCAAUUGCCGGUGGUGUACACGGAGAUGGAGAGUGAUGGGAAUUCGAACGAAGGUUCCAGAAGAAUCUCUUUGUCAGUUGGAAGCGGGAGGGUUAGGGAAAGUCGUGGUGGUGGAUUAGGCAGAAUAUUCCGUAGUUGGUUUGGGAGAAUCGGGGCUUUGACUAGAAGCCGUAGCCUUUCAACUUCUCUCUUCAAUAGAAGAAGAAGUAGUACCACGAGAACCUGGGUUUUGGAAAAUUGA